GACAGACCUCCGACUUUCGCACCUGAUUCACGAUAACGACCCACCCCCAAUUGUUGCACGAGUCGCAAUCGUACCCCUUAUCCCAAGGGGCUCAAGUUUCCCCUCUUUCGACUGUUGGUUCCUUCUUAACCCGACUUGCAACUGCAACAUCCUCGUGCAUUUACUUUGUGUUUGGUUGUUUGUCCAUAUUGCUUUGCCUGAACAGAGAAGCGAAAAAUAAACGUGGUCAAACAUCAUGGCGUCCAUCACACUCGAGUCCCUCCCCGAUGUCUUGGCCAACGAUACCAAGGUCAAACUCGCGGGCAUCGACGUCGAUGGUAUCCUGCGCGGCAAGCUUGUGUCCAAGAAGAAGUUCCUCUCCAUAGCCAAGGAUGGCUUUGGUUUCUGUUCCGUCAUCUUUGGCUGGGACAUGCACGACCAGACCUACUUCCGCGAGCUGGAAAUCAGCAACGCCGGCAAUGGCUACCGUGACCUCGUCGCCAUUCCCGACCUCGCCAGCUUCCGUCGCGUGCCCUGGGAGAACGACAUCCCGUUCUUCCUCGUCAGCUUUCACGACCCGGACACUAUGGAACCCAUCUGUGCUUGCCCCAGGGGCCUGCUGCGGACUCAGCUUGAUAAGAUCAAGAGCGAAGGAUAUGGAGCCAUGGCUGGAGCCGAGUAUGAAUUCUACCAGUUCAGGACACCAUCGUCCGACCCGGCUGCUUCCAGCGCCCCUUCAACUGCCGCAUACCUCCGCGAAAACCCUCCGCAUUCCCUUCCCGCUUUGACCGAGGGAAUGUUUGGUUACAGUCUCACGAGGCCAGUGCACAACCAAGACUACUUCUACGACAUAUUUGACACUUGCGAAAAGUUCAACUGCAACAUUGAGGGCUGGCACACCGAGAGUGGGCCGGGCGUGUUCGAGGCCGCGCUCGAAUUUGGAGAGAUCACUGGCAUGGCAGACCGUGCGAGCCUAUUCAAAUACGCCGUCAAGUCGGUUGCGACAAAGUACGGCAUCACACCUUGCUUCAUGGCAAAGCCUAAGCAAGGUCUCCCUGGCAACAGCGGUCACAUGCACAUAUCUCUGGUUGACAACUCGGGCAAGAACCUGUUCGCCCGCGAAACUCCGGACGAGAAUGCGCCGUGGCCCGACGUUGCUCAGCUCUCGGACAUUGGCCGUCACUUCCUGGCUGGGCUCCUCGAAGGCUUGCCCGACGUUAUGCCAAUUGUCGCCCCCACCAUCAACAGCUAUAAGCGCUUGGUGGAGAACUUUUGGGCGCCCGUGACGGUCUCAUGGGGCCUGGAGCACCGCGCCGCUAGUAUUCGCCUGAUCGCCCCACCGACCUCCAAGCCGGGGGCAACACGCUUUGAGGUCCGGGUACCGGGAGCAGACACAAACCCCUCGCUUGUCCUGGCCGCUAUCCUGGCUCUGGGCUGGCGCGGUGUGCAGAAGAAGCUCGAGAUUCCUUGCCCACCCCUCGGCAAGGGCGAGCAGGUCGGCGGUGAGAGUGACACUGGCAUCAGGCUGGCCAAGAGUCUUCGUGAGGCCACCGACCGAUUUAUGAGGAAAGAAAGCGUCGCGAGGGAGGCUUUCGGUGAUGCUUUUGUCGACCACUAUGGCGGCACCAGGGAGCACGAGAUCAGGCAGUGGGAUGAGGCUGUAACGGAUUGGGAAAUGAAGAGGUACAUCGAAACAGUUUAGGUAGCGGUUUUGUUUAUUUUUCACUCAUCUCGGAAUCAACGUGGGAGCAUUGCCAGACUUGCAUAUAGGGCACACACAGAGCGAGCAUCGGGGUUAAGAAUCAAGGAGUUCCGGUCUAAAGGAGCUACAUGGGAUUUCACGGGCUUCAAAUUCUUACUUUUGGCUAUCCUGCAUAAGGGUUGCAAUCUUGUCGCAGUGGUUUUAUUGUUAUCUUCAAUAUACUUUUCCCUAGCUGUCGUUCCAAUAUAUACCACCAAAUGGAAGACGAAUUCUACUUUGCGGCACAGACUUGUCUCCACCUCAGCCCUCUCAAUACAAUCCAUAACUCACAUAUUAUACACCACCCGACGUAGCCCUGCAGGAGGAGUUGUACGAAUUCAUUUCAAUCUUCCCCUCCAC